AUGCCGAGCAAAAAUACGACCCAUUACAUCCUGCUCGAUUCAGUCAACACGCUCAGCCCGGCAGACCUGGAGCGGCUGCUGCGGGCGAUUCAACAGCGCGACCAGGGCAUGCCCAGCCGCGUGAGAGUGCUUACCAUCGAUAUUACAAAACACAACAAACCUGACAUCAAAGCCUUCAUUGUGGAGGAGCUGAAGCGCAAGGGGAUCUUCCAGGGCGCAGACGAGGACUCGCAGCGAAGGAAAACGAUGGUCGAAGAGCGACUCUGGGUGCGAUCCAACAAUUCGUAUUUGACCAUUCAACAGGAUCUUCGCAAGGUUGAAGAGAUCAUCACCUCGGGUGGCACGGAGGAAGAGCUUCACCGGGUGUUGCACGAGUCCAGCACGGAUCCAAAGGAGCUGGUCCGAGCGGAAAUCGAAGGAUUGGAAGCGAUGCUCAAAGCGCGCGAGAUUGAGGAAAUCAAUGAGCUACUGGUCUGGGUUAUAGCUAGCGACAAAUCCAUGCUUCUGGUGGAACUGGAAGCGGCCUUGUUCCUCCGCUUCAAGACCGUCUCUCUCCAGCCGCUCGACAAAAAGAUCACGGGAAAAUACUCCAAGAUCUUUACCUUGAUCUACGGGAAGUACCUGGCAUUGAAAGAUCAUGUGCGAGACUGCGUUGUUGCCCAACGAGACAGGCCCAGACAGUCCGCGGAUGACCCCAAGAUCACGGCCACGAUCAGCAUCACCAACGGCGAUCUCAAGUUGGUCCAGCGCUUCUUCUGGGAUUUGAACCACUACUCCUUCCUAGGCGGAUUUGCGUUUGAGCCAACUUCCGAUCAGACAAACGUAGGCCAACGGAAGAUCCAGGUGUACGAAGCUGAUGCUCACCUCGAGAUUGUCAAAAGAACCUUCGAUAUCCUUUCACAACCGGUGGUCGAUGAAAGGGGCAAGGCACUGGUUCCGUACCUGAUGCGAUCCCUCACAACCCAUCUCAAGGCCUUAUCCGAGGUAACCGGGCUGGACGAGCUGCAGCCCGCAGACAAGCAGUUCAUUGGAUCGCAUGUCUACGAGAUGUUCAACGAGGGUGAUGUCAUCGAGCGGAAUUGGGAUUUCUGCUACGCAGUCCGCUGGUACGAGCGGGAUGACGAGAUGGACAUCUUCUGGGAGUGGUUGGAUGACCCAGUGGCCAUCGCUGGCCUAGGGCCUCGGGACAAACGAUGGCUGGCAGAGUUAAAGAAAGACAAAAAGCAUCGCAACUCGGGUCUGUUGACGCCGGCCAUGACCAUGGUUGCUCGAAAUUGGCUGCAGGACACCAAAUGGUCCACCUUCAGGGUAUUCAGAUGGAUCAGGGGAUUCCUGCGCCUGGGCGCCGAGCCACAGCAGGAGGAUCGGACCACCGUGGCCGAGCAGACUGGGAAGUCGGACACCGGAAGCGGGCGAAUCAUCAUAUAUGACAACGAUUCAAACGUGCGAAAGAUCCUCAAAGCUGAGCAGUGGUGCAAGCAGCUCUUGGGUGUUACUGAAUUAGACUACACCUGGUGUAUCCGGUUAGGGGACACCUACGCUGACGUGCGCGAGUAUGACGCUGCGAGCGAGCAGUACAAGAAGGCUGCCGAAAUUCUCCAGGCUCAAGACCCCAUCGACAAGGAGCAGCUGCGAGACGUGUUCAAAACCCUCGCUGAAUUUGCAACCGACCCCGAUUAUGCCUUGGAAUAUCUGAAGGAAGCCGCCAGGCUGGAUGCAGAAGACGUGGAAAUCCCCUGUGCGAUGCUCCGGCAAUGUAUAACCAGCAAAAACGAGGAUGAGGCGCGAGUCCCAGGCACGCAAUCCACCUUGUUGAUGGCCAUGCUGUCCACGGCUCUGGGCAAGGGGAACGAGAUUGAUAUGUUGGCCGUAUUUAACGCAGUCUUUUCGGUCGUCUCCUCUUCCGCGGAACUGCGGGCAAUCUUCCAGCAUGAGAUGGAGGUAGCAAUCGUGGCUGCGCGAACGGAAGGCAAGAACGAGGAGCUUGCGACUCUGCUAUUCCAGCUCGCCAGUGAUCUGCGCGAGUGUUUGAACACCAUCCGGGAGAGGGUCGCAGAGGAAGACCGAUAUCGGCUUGACUUCAUCAAGCAGAGUGCUAUUGACCGUCUCAGCAUGGUUUAUUUCGACCGGGCCAUACAAACGGAGGGCGAGGAACCAGAGGCUGACGUGGAGAGAUUGCGGCAGGUUCACAUGAACGACCCUGCGGCCAAAAUCCCCAAGUCAGCGCUUGCAUCACUGUAUUCGAUCAAGGGACAGAGGGAUAAGGCUCGUGACAUAUCCCGAGCGGAGAUAGUAGAAGCAUUCAACAUUCUGGCGGAUGAUGACAUCUUGAACGAUCUAGACGGAUUCGUCGCGCUUCGUAACCUUCUGAACCACACUGGGGAUUAUGAGAAUGCCCUGCGAGCUGCCCUGCUGCUGCCGGAGUUACGAUUCGAUGGCACAGUCCUCACAACGCUUCUUGCCGGAGAAGGCCCCUCAAUGGAAGCAGUCAGCGAGGAACUAGUCCAGUACUAUGACCGGGAGUGUCCAGACACAGACAGGCACUGGGAAAGUCUGACUAAGGUCUGGAGAGAAGCCAGCAAAUUAGCCGAUGAAGCAGAUGCCGCUAGCGAGAGGGCCGCUUGCCUAGACCGGGUGCAAAAGCUCCUUGCAAAACUCGAGAGAGAAAUUGAGUGCUCGCUCCCUGGCAAUACCUGCAACCGGUACUGGGACUAUGACAACGGUCUUCAUGCCUGCAAGUAUUGCUACAAUGUGUUCCUGUGCAAUGGCUGCUGGGACGAGCUGAGGUCAGGCAAAGCAGGCAAAGGUUUGGUAUGCAGUAGUACACAUGCCUGGUAUCCGUUACCGCCAUGGACGAUGGAGAAGUAUUUACAAACUUGUCAAGGGUUGGUUCGCAUGAAAACAGACAAUGGAGGCGAGGAGUUGGUCUCCGUGUCAGAAUGGCUGCGGACGUUGUGCGAGGAAUGGGGACUGUCCAAGGCGGACUGGGAUUUUGAGUAG